AUUAGGAUCAGCUCUAUGGAUGGGUAAGAGCAAGACAACAUGCGAGCAUUUUCUUCAGAAGCCACUUUUGAUCUUAGGCCUAGCUAUCUUGGUCUUGUCAAUAGCUGGUCUAGUCGGUGCAUGUUGUGACGUGGCUUGGGUCUUGUGGGUGUACCUCUUCUUCAUGGUCUUCAUCAUAGUCGCGCUCAUGGGUUUGACCUUGUUUGGAUUCAUAGUGACUAGCCAUGGUGGUGGUGUGGGUGUGGAUGGUAGGGUUUAUAAAGAGUUUAAACUUGAAGCAUAUCACCCUUGGCUUAAGACAAGAGUGAUAGAUACUAAUUAUUGGGUUACUAUAAAGACUUGUCUAUUGGGCUCUGUCACUUGUUCCAAGCUCGCUCUUUGGACUCCUCUUGAUUAUCUCCAAAAGGACUUAUCUCCUCUUCAGUCUGGAUGCUGCAAACCACCUACGUCGUGCGUUUACAACACGGACACGGUGAUACAACAAGACCCUGAUUGUUAUCGGUGGAACAACGCUGCGACGGUCCUUUGCUACGAUUGUGACUCGUGUAGAGCUGGCGUUUUAGAGACCGUGCGUCGCGAUUGGCACAAACUAUCUCUAGUUAACGUCGUCGUUGUUCUUUUCCUCAUCGCGGUUUACUGUGUUGGCUGUUGCGCGUUUAAAAACGCCAAACGCCCUCAACAUUACGGCUUUCCUUACGGACGUUACGGCAUGUCUAAAUCUAGGCCCGGAUGGGAACAGUCCUGGUCGAGAUGGUGGCAUGGGAGAGAUCGGUAUUAGUGAAAAAUAUUUAUGUAAUGUUUUCCGAAUUUCGCGGUUCAGCUUCUUGGCCUCUAAUUUAUAAUUAUUGAUUUUGUACAGAACCUAAAUUUUUGAUAAUGAAAUGUUUACCUUUUU